UGCUAUACAAUACCAUAUUACGAUUUGAUUUAUUUUAAUUCAACUUGGCCAACUUUUCCGGAAAUUGUGGUUUUCCGUGGAAUUCUAACCUGCGUCCAAAAAUGUGGGCUGUUAUUGACGAACAUACAUAAUACGCACGCGACAUUUGUAACAAAGAAUGUUCAUUGUCCAUAAAAAUAUAUUUCAGAUAAUUUCUACGAGUAUCUUAUCAAAUAAAUAACUGCUCGAAUUUGUCAUGUUGCCCAAAAAAUUACAAAUUCUUCCGCGUCACAACGACAUUUUUUACAAGAUACUGAUCACAACUUGCAUCACAUUUCUCACGUUCAGAUUUGUUAAUUGCUUCCACAUUUCUGCCUACACUGAGCCAAAUUUCAAAGGAACUGAAACCAAACUAUUUGUGAAUGAUUGCUUGCCCGAAAUUCCGGAACAUUUAAAGGAGAAAAUUGUCUCUCUUAAAACCUUUGGGAAUUGUGUCAUUGUUUACGAAGGCGAGCGAUGCAACGCUUCAAGGAUGUUAAAAAUCGCGUCAGACGAUAUUACCUCCAGUUCGGAUUUGUCUCGGAACUAUUUCGUCACUGAUCCCGGAGUUCUUUCAGUUAGCAAAUGUUACGAUUGUUUAUUUCAACCUGGUACUGCAAAUUGGGAGAAGGUGGAGACGUACAUUUUCACAAUGGGAAACGGAGUCAAUAUGACGGCAGGAAAUCGCUGGAUGUUCAACUCGUCUGAAUUCACCUCCCUCUACAACAAUACUUGCGGCGUUAUCCCCACCGACGUUAGCACCUUUUCAAAUUUAGCGGUCAAUGUGGUUGACGUAUGUGUCCAAUUCUACAGCAAUCCUGACUGUAGCGGAGAAGACAUUCAGCUAUUGGGGACCCAUGACACGAGGGAACUGACGCAGAGAGGAUUUCACUCUCCUGUGAGAUCUUUCAGUCAUUGCAAUUCAAAAUGUGUGGACAACCCGGUCGUGAGAAAUGCGAUUGGUAGACUGAUUUUGGAAGGGGAGCCGGAUGAUACCGGUUUCCGGUUGCUUCAUGAAUCGGGUAAAACCCACGAUGUCGGAGAUUACAUUCUCGACAUUUACAAAUGUUACAAUACAUUUGAGGAAGACAGAUCUAGGGUUCGUCGCGUCGGAACGUCCGGUUUGUGUCUCGUGCUCUACCCCAACAGUUAUUGCAACAGAUAUCCCACCGUUUAUCGUCCCACCGUAUUAAACGGUACUCUGUCAGGAUCUCACAAUAUCAUGGAUUUUGACAACCCGAGUGAUUCUUCUGGCGUGAAAUCGGUCAUGCUUUGUUCCGAAGUGCUCAAAUCAGAAGCAUACCCCGCCACGUUAGCAGGAUUUUUAUCUCCGACUCUGGAAUUAUUCGAAAUUUCGAUUUUCAACAACACCGAUUUCCAAGGACAUAAUAAUUCUUUUUCGACUACUGACUGUAUCCUGCUUCCCAGCAAUAAUUUUCCUCUCGAUUCAAUGGUAACGCACCAUUCCUGUGUUACGGUAUUUACUGGAUUGAACUGCACCGGACCAAGUGAUACCCUGUUUCCUGGGUCUCCGAUUCUUCGCGAUUUCGGCCUUAUCAGUACUCAAUGGAAAAUUCGGAGUGUUCGAAAGUGCAGGGAUGAAGAUCAUCUACGAGAUAACGGUCCAUAUUCGUUUACCAUGACGACCCAUCAGUUCGAUUCCGCUUGGACGAUUAACUCAACAAACAGUACUUCUAGUGAGGACAACUGUUGGGAAAUCCCAUUCUAUUACCGCUCAGGAAGUGUCCGAUCGGUCUUCGUGCAUGAAGGAUGUGUCCAAAUCUAUCGAGAUAUCAACUGUUCCCCGUACGCACAAUCUGUCCGAAUCCGACCCAACUUUGACGCCAGUGAUCUGGGGAGAUGGAAUUUCGAAAAUUUCUUCAAGUCAAACACCGUGAUCGGGUCUUUCAGUAGGUGUAAUUUUAACGGAAGCAAGAAAAUGGUGUUGAAAGAGGAAAAUCAAGAAUGGGAGCAUCACCACGAGGGAAUCGUACUACUUUUUAAAUCAGGUGUUACCCAAGCCUUCUCCCUCAUCUCAUACUGUGAAGCUCUCGAUGAAGACCACAAUUGGGCUGAGGACUCCUUACAAUUGAUCACUGCUAAAUCUGUCUGCAUUUAUCUUUACACCGAGAAAGAGUGUAAAAUGGCGUCCAACUUGACGCCUCAUGUACUAAACAUUACGGAUACAGAGGGAGUCGUGACGAUAAAUUUUACCGGAAAUCCGCUCUGGUCAAAUCCAAACUAUUUGCCGAGAUCCGCGAGUAGCUGUAAAAUUUAUUCAUGGGCGCAUUCAGUGGCUCGUGCAAAUCUUAGAAAUGAUUUCGGCCCGAACGUAACGCAGGAAAGUAGCAACGUGCUACUAUACGUCGGAAUCCCAGUGAUUAUCCUGGUGUCAAUCGGAACGAUAGCUUUUGUCUUAAUUAUGCGAAAUUCUUCGAGGAAGAGGAAACUAUGCAAGUCGGAGAUCGACGCGUUCUACAAUGGUUCUGAUGCUGUGAGUGCAAAUAAUGACGACGCCAUUCAGAACAUGGCGGUCAACCGAGUGUACGAAAUAUUGCCGAAGGAUUUCAUUUACGCCAAUUCUGAGGACAAGUCACCCAUUGUGCUGGGAAGUGGUACAUUCGGUGUGGUUGUUCAAGGGGUAUUGCACAGCGGUUUCGUUGAAGAAUCAGGUCUUCCCAUUAUCAAGGACGUCGCCAUAAAAACGCCACGAAUUGGUAUAACUGUGGAGCAAAUUAGGGCGCUUUUGGCGGAGAUUAAGAUCAACAUGUUCGUUGGCAAGCAUCCCCAUAUCGUCGAGUUUUUGGGAUUCUGCAUCGCAGAAGUGCAUCGAGGCAAAGUAAGCAUAAUUUUAGAAUUAUGUGAAAAUGGAAGUCUCCUGAAAUACGUUCGAGAUCAUGCCAAACAAUUCGAAGAAGGAGGAAAUCUAAGAGUAGUAAAUGCCCCGGAGGAUGGAGGACCAAAUUAUGAAAAUAUGGAGUGUUUCAGCCGUAAACAACUUGUGACGUGGUGCAAAGAAAUCGCUGAAGGGAUGGAUUUCCUUGCAAAUAACAAGGUCCUCCACGGCGACCUAGCGGCGAGGAAUUGUCUACUUGAUGGGAAACUUUCCAUCAAGAUUACUGAUUUUGGACUAUCUCGGAAACUAUACGAUUAUGGAAAUUACGUCAAAAAGGGCAAGGCCUUGCUCCCCUGGCGCUGGAUGAGUCUCGAGUCACUAAAAUUGUUCCAAUUUUCCGUCAAGUCGGACGUCUGGUCAUACGGAGUGACCAUGUGGGAGAUUUUCAGUUUUGGAGGCCUGCCAUAUCCGACGCUCACGUGGAACGAUUAUUUUAUCGAAAGUCUCACCGCUGGGCUGCGACUUUCACCACCAACCAAUUGCCCCGACGAAUUAGUUGCACUGAUGCAGAGUUGCUGGCUUUCCGAUCCAGAUCAGAGACCAGAUUUUUCUCAACUUGCAAACACGAUUGCAGAAUACUUGAAAACUGUGGAGUGAAAUUAAAAUUUGCCUUAAUAAAUUUAAAUCAGAAUUUGCUUCUUCAA